CCCCACUGCUUUGUUGUGGUUUACGCAUUGAUGGAGCAACACUUCUGUCUCAGCCCGCUUAAGCCACUGCAAAGCUGGAAUUGUUGCUUUAGCAGCAGAUGUGCUGGCAGGGUUCUUACAGCCCCAUAGUAAGAACUCUACAGUUCUUCUAGAAGAGGUUUGUGAUCUUUGUGCAAUAAAAACAACGCCUUCAACUGCUGCAGUGCAAGUCAUGCACUCAUGUAGAUGUGUUUUCAGACACAGGUAUUUCUAUAUAUGCCUAGUGAGUGGCCUCCUGGGGAGCAGGGACAAACAAGGAAGGAAAGUGGGCUGACAAAACAUAAAACUGGGCUUCAAAAUGAAGCCAUGACUUCCCUUGAUACAGAAGGACAUAAACUUUAUCUUGAUUGGCCUGAAGGUAAUAAACAAGUCUCUCAAUGUCCUGAUCUUUCACUAGUCUGAAAUGAUUUAGAAAAAUUUGAUUUUUUUUUUUUUUUUUUUUUUUUUUUUUUUUUUUUUUUUUUUUUUUUGUGGUGGAGGAUGGGGUCUGCAUUUCAAGUCUGUUCUCCCAGCAGUCAGGGACCUGCACAGCUGCUGUGGGUGGGGCAGGUGAUUACUAACAGCAUGGUGAGAAGUUGGCUUGUGCCUGGUUGAGGGCUUGAGGACUGUGGUGAGAGAAGGGCCAGGGAGUGGAGUGGAAAAUACAAUUUACACAAGCAGAACCUGCUGUCCCCUGCGCUCGGAACAGGCGUGGAGGGUCCCCAAGGCAUCCUCAGAAUGGGCUUUGCCCUCACCUUGGCUUGUGCUGCUGCAGAUUUUGGAGACAAUUGUGCAUAAGAACGGGCACUAGAACCAGACUUGGGGCUGGCAUGCUCUGCAUUUCCAGGAUGGCUCAUGGACAGGACACAUCAAUGUUGGCAGUGACUUUCAGGCUGAGCUCCCUGAGCUGCAGACCGGGCCGCCAAGUGAGGAUGAAGAGCCUGCAACCCUGGUCUGGAAGCCCUUGGAGGAAGACGACUCUGACCUGGAAAAACCAGACAGAGGAGGCUCUGGAGAUGUUGCUCUCAGGGGGUCCUCCAACAGCUCAAGGCCAUCCCUUGGCUGAUUAUCAUUAUGCAGGCUCUGAUAGAUGGACACCUGAGGAGAAGGAGGCCUUCCAAAAGGCUUUCCACACCUACGGCAAGGAUUUCCAUCUCAUCCAGAAGCAGAUCCCGAGUAAGACUGUGGCACAGUGUGUGGAGUACUACUACUGCUGGAAAAAAGAGCAGAAACUUGCCAGCAGCACUCUUGCUCAGGUGAGUGGGAAGAAAAUCCAGACAUGCCAGCAGGGUCAAGAAACUGGCAGAAGGGCACAAACCCUGCUGGUAAGCCACACCAGACGCCGCUUUGCCAGGCUCCCUUGGUCCCACGCACUGGGAGAGGCGCAGCAGGUGCUACCCAGACUUUUGUUGUGCUGCUGCCCUGAAAUACGGAAUUGUGGAGCACAACUUUGACCCAACAAAGCAGCACCACCAGCAAAAUGGGCUUUGACUCUCUACAAAUCGGUUUCUCAAGGGCUGGCACCCUCAGAUUCCAAUCACACCUUUCAUUCCCCACUGCUUGCUAACAUCAGCCAUCUGGGCUGCCUUCAUGGAGAUGCUGCCAAAUUUUAGAGAUCUUUUGUAGCACCCCAGCGUAUCCCCAAAAAGGAGCUGCCAGUGCCAUGGCACCUUUAAUACUUUCCUUACUGGCAGAGAGCAAUUUGCUUCA